GAGACCAGUCGAUCAGAGUAUCUUGUGAUAUUCACACGAAAAAGCAUUAGUGCUUCAAAAAAAAAAAAAAACAGAUAACAGGUACGAAGAUGGACGGUGGCAAAGGGGCGUACAUAAGACAGUAUACAGCAGCAUUUUCUGGUACGCUGCUAAUGGUCACAGUAGCAUCUACUUUUAGCUGGUCUUCACCCACACUUCCUAAACUUCUCGCAGAUGAUUCUCCAAUUCCAACAACGCCCGAUCAGAGCUCAUGGAUUGUGUCAUUUUAUGUGAUAGGUUCAUUUGCAGGACCACCUCUAUCAAUUCUACUUGUGGAUAGAUUGGGACGAAAGAUCACCCUACUUUCUGCCGCAAUUCCUGCGAUCACUGGAAUGAUCUUGGUAUUGGUAGCUAAUAGUUAUCAAAUAUUGUACGUUUCGAGGAUUUUCACUGGAAUGACUUCUGGAAUGGCUUAUUCUGCAAUGUCCAUGUAUUUAGGAGAGAUCUCUUCAAAUAAGAUCAGAGGAUCAAUUGGAACUUUGCUGACUGUUAUGGCAAAAUUUGGUGUUCUAUAUACCUAUGCUAUUGGACCCUAUAUAUCAAUAAGUAUGCUAGCUUGGAUGCUCUUGAUUUGGCCAGCCCUCUUCAUUCUCACAUUUAUCUGGAUGCCAGAAACACCCUACUUCCUACUUCUCAAAGAUCGUUCUAAAGAUGCCGAGAAGAGCCUCAGGUGGCUGAGGAAAACCGAUGAUGUUACCGAAGAGCUUGAGAAAAUGAAUGAAGCGGUGAAAAAAGCCCAGGAUAAUCGUGGAACUUUUAAGGAAUUGUUUUCCCAUGGUAAUAGACUGAGUCUCAUCAUUUGCUUAGCAAUGGGAGCAUGUCAACAACUCUGCGGGAGUCAGGCCCUUAUUGCCUAUUCCGAACAAAUUUUCGAAGAAAUAGUUAGCGGUUUGAGUGGAAGUGAAUCAGCGAUCAUUAUGGGUGUUGUUCAACUUGUAGUAGCGUCAUUCUCAUCCUCAAUUGUCGAUCGUUGGGGCAGAAGACCAUUGCUUCUGCUCUCAACAUGCGGAGUAACAAUUUGCAACGCCAUCGUUGGCCUUUACUUCUACCUGCUCCACAUAGAAGUAGACAUGGAUGCACAUGCUUGGCUACCAAUUACUACCAUCAUGAUCUUCAUUAUUACUUACACAGUGGGCUUAGCAACGGUUCCUUUCGCUCUUCUCUCAGAGCUUUUUCCUACAAAUAUCAAAGCUCUAGCCACAGCAUCCUUUACUCUAGUAGCAGGAGGUUUUGCUUUUGGUGUCCUCAAGCUCUACCAAGUGGUUUCAGAUAAUAUUGGGAUGCAUGUUUCAUUUUGGGGAUUUGCAGCGUUUAGCCUUUUCUUUGCCAUCUUUGUCUAUUUCCUAGUUCCUGAAACUAAAGGUCGUCCCUUUGAAGUUAUUCUUGAGGAUAUGAAAUCUCCCUUCAAACGAGGAAGAAAGGACGCAGAAAAGACUGAAGCACCAGUUAAAGUGCAAUGAAUUUUUUAAUCUGUUACAUCUUAAGCUGUGAUUUUUCUUGAAAUAAAGUCCCGGAAGUAAAUAAUAAAAAAAAACAAAGCAAAAUAUUCCUAAUAUAAGAAA